AUGCAGGACGCCUGGACUUCUCGCAAAGCUGAGGAGAUCCAAAGCUACGCGGACCGGAACGAAUGGAAAAACUUCUUCUCCGCGAUCAAAGCUGUCUACGGUCCGUCAACGAAGGGCACUGCUCCUCUCCUCAGCGCCGACGGCAGCACUCUCCUGACUGAGAAGACGCAAAUCCUACAGCGAUGGGCCGAGCAUUUCCAGGGCGUCCUCAACCGCCCUUCCGUCAUCUCCGACGCCGCCAUCGCCCGCUUGCCGCAAGUGGAGACCAACGUGGACCUCGACCUCCCGCCAUCUCUCCAGGAGACCAUCAGGGCCGUGCAGCAACUCUCCAGCGGGAAAGCACCCGGAUCGGACGCAAUCCCUGCUGAGGUCUACAAGCACGGAGGUCCCCUACUGAUAGAUUACCUGACUGCGCUCUUCCAGGAGGUGUGGCGUCAAGGUGAAGUCCCGCAAGAUUUCAAGGACGCAACUAUCGUGCACCUAUACAAGCGAAAAGGGAAUCGCCAGGUCUGCGACAACCACCGCGGCAUCUCCCUACUGAACAUCGCCGGGAAGAUCUUCGCUCGCAUCCUGCUCAACCGCCUCAACAACCAUCUGGAACAGGGCCUUCUGCCGGAAAGCCAAUGCGGCUUCCGUCGUCAUCGUGGGACCACGGAUAUGAUCUUCGCCGCCCGCCAACUUCAGGAGAAGUGCCAGGAGAUGCGGACCCACCUGUACUCUACCUUCGUGGACCUGACGAAAGCCUUCGACACGGUGAAUCGUGAAGGACUGUGGAAGAUCAUGCAGAAAUUCGGCUGUCCGGAGCGAUUCACUCAGAUGGUGCGUCAGCUGCACGACGGUAUGAUGGCGCGAGUCACGGACAACGGAGCUGUCUCAGAGGCAUUUGCAGUGACCAACGGAGUGAAGCAGGGCUGUGUGCAGGCGCCUACCCUCUUCAGUCUUAUGUUCUCUGCCAUGCUGAUGGACGCCUACCGCGACGAAAGCCCCGGGAUCCGCAUCGCCUACAGAACGGACGGUCAUCUCCUGAGUCACCGGCGCAUGAACUUCCAAUCGCGCGUAUCCACAGCCACCGUGCACGAACUCCUCUUCGCCGACGACUGCGCCCUGAACACCACCUCCGAAGCGGAGAUGCAACGCAGCAUGGACCUGUUUUCCGCCGCCUGCGAGAACUUCGGUCUGAUCAUUAACACGCAGAAGACGGUGGUGAUGCACCAACCUCCGCCCAACUCAGCCACAGCCCCCAUCGCGCCGCACAUCAGCGUGAAUGGGACCCAACUGCAAGUGGUAGAGAACUUCCCGUACCUGGGAAGUACCCUAUCUCGCAACACAAAUAUCGAUGACGAAGUCGCCAACAGAAUCUCGAAAGCCAGUCAAGCCUUUGGACGCCUCCGAAGCACAGUCUGGAAUCCUCAUGGUCUCCAACUGAGCACGAAUCUGAAGAUGUACAAGGCCGUCAUCCUGCCGACGCUACUGUUUGGAGCGGAGACCUGGACGGUGUACACGAGGCAGGCACGUCGACUGAACCACUUCCACCUCAGUUGUCUUCGUCGCAUCCUAAGGCUGAACUGGCAGGAACGAAUCCCCGACACAGAAGGACUGGAACGAACGGGAAUGCUCAGCAUCGACGCCAUGCUGAGACAAAUUCAGCUGCGCUGGAGCGGCCACCUGGCGCGCAUGGACGACGAGCGACUACCCAAACGACUCUUCUACGGAGACGUCGCGACGGGUUCUCGUCGUCAAGGAGGCCAAAUUCGCCGUUACAAGGAUACUCUGAAGUCCUCCCUGAAGCGCCUGCACAUCAACCCGACCAACUGGGAAGAGCUCGCUCGCGAUCGUCCGACAUGGAGGAGAACAGUGAAGACGGGCGCUGCUAUCUAUGAAGCCAACCGCAUCGCCGCCGCCAAAGCGAAACGCGAAGCCCGCAAAUCACAACUUCGCCCAGUCCGCAACGCCGCCGCACAACCGCUCCCAACGUGUCCUCGAUGUCAACGGACAUUCCGGGCACGAAUUGGACUUGUUGGACAUCUCCGAACCAACUGUGCCUCUCGAACUGCUCCAGCCAUCGUCCCCCCGCCCGCCUCUUCCUCGUCCUCUCUUCCACCAAAUAACUCUGAUAACUCUUCUGAACCACCACUUCCAUCCUCUUCCUCGUCGUCGUCCUCCUCCUCCUCCUCCUCCCCCUCUACUGCCCCAGCGGCGGCCGUUCAGACUGCCGUCUCACACAUCGCCAACCACGACACAACAACCGCAACCACCCCCACCCCUCCCGAUUCCAGUGAUGAGGAUCAGGACUACACCUGCCCUCACUGCGACCGCACCUUCACCUCACACAACGGCCUGGUCGGUCACUUGCGAAUCCAUCGCACAGAGACUGGUGAACCAGUGCCUGGAGCACCAACCUACACCCACCGCACUCGCCUCCACUGCCCACACUGCCCUCGCACCUUCGCUCAUCGCAUGGGUCUAUUCGGCCACAUGCGCAUCCACGAGAGCGGAAUUGACCGCAGCCUUGACACACCCACCCGCCGAGCCCCACUCCCGAUGCACCACCUUGUGCACCCACUAACCACUCCCCAGCCGACAUCGACGCCACCGACCUUACCACCCCUCACUCCUCCCCUUCCUCCUCCUCUUCCUCCUUCACUGCCACAACGACGGCCACUCCGGCGUCUGUAG